AUGGAAUCCGCCGCUGCAGUCAACUACGGAGUUGGCGCCGUCCACCGCAACCAAGUCACCGCCACUGACGUCGGUGGCACCCGCGUCGUCACUAAAAGAAUUGUCGUCCAGGUGGUGGGGAAGUAUGUGGACCCGAAGGGAGGGGUCCCACUACCGGCGGGCGCCUCCGGAGGAGGUAGUGAUGGGAUAACGGUGGGGGAGGCGCUGGAAGCGGUGGCGCUGUCAGUCGGGGACAAGCCGGUGGACCAGGCGGAUACGGCGGCAAUACAGGCAGCGGAGGAGAGGGCAAUAGGGAGCAACCGGAUACCGCAAGGUGGGAUUUGUGGAACUAUCUAA